UAAUGAUGGCUCGUCGGUAACAUGUGUAUACAUAGGAUUAUAUACGAUCAGUUCAGCAUCGACGAGUAUUUUGCUUUCUAUUUUUUACCUCGGUGACAAUAUAUUCUAGAAGGUGAAAAUUGCAGAACUAUUCGUGCGACACAAAAUCUCAUAAGGCUGCCACUCUUGCUGACGGUGCCACCAGCACCACUUCGAAGUGACGUGGCUGCAAUGACGGCACGAGUCGUGCCGUUACAGUCAAGUACGAGAAUUGUGUCGUUACAAUUGAAUUGUAAAACGAUGGUGUAAUUAUGAAAAGCUGAGGGUAAACGUUAAUUAAGGCCAUUUCGAGCUCACAGUCGGGUACACUUGAUAAUUAGACGUCGAUCGAAUCAACGACAUGACUACUUACGAAGAUUUCAUUCAGCAAAACGAAGACCGCGACGGAGUACGUAUCACUUGGAACGUUUGGCCUUCGUCGCGCAUAGAUGCUACCAGACUCGUCGUACCGUUGGGAGUACUUUAUCAGCCCAUCAAGGAAAGACCCGACCUACCACCGAUACAAUACGACCCUGUUCUAUGCACGAGAUCUACGUGCAGAGCAAUUUUAAAUCCGUUGUGUCAAGUGGAUUACCGAGCCAAAUUAUGGGUGUGCAAUCUGUGCUUUCAAAGGAAUCCAUUUCCACCGCAAUAUGCUGCCAUCUCAGAGCAGCAUCAGCCGGCAGAAUUGAUUCCGAAAUUUUCUACGAUCGAAUACACGAUAAUGAGAGCACAAUGUUUGCCACCCAUUUUCUUAUUGGUCGUCGACACGUGUAUGGACGAAGAAGAGUUGGGGGCUCUCAAAGAUUCUUUACAAAUGUCGCUUUCCCUUCUUCCACCCAACGCUCUGAUCGGUCUCAUCACUUUUGGAAGAAUGGUACAAGUUCACGAGCUUGGCUGCGACGGAUGUAGCAAGAGCUACGUCUUUCGCGGUACCAAGGACUUGCAACCGAAACAAGUUCAGGAUAUGCUAGGUAUGGGCCGACCUGUUCCUGGUCAGAAUCCGAACCAGCGAGGACCCGGAGGACAACCACUCCCAGCGGCCAACCGCUUUUUACAGCCUGUACAUAAGUGUGAUAUGAGUUUAACGGAUCUUUUAGGGGAAUUACAACGGGAUCCGUGGCCGAUCGGACCUGGGAAACGGCCGUUACGAUCGACCGGUGUGGCACUGGCUGUUGCUACCGGUCUCUUGGAAGCCAGUUAUGCCAAUACCGGUGCGAGGAUAAUGAUGUUCGUCGGUGGACCUUGCUCCCAAGGUCCCGGCCAAGUCGUCACAGACGAUUUGAAACAUCCCAUCAGGUCUCACCACGAUAUUCAGAAAGAUAACGCGAAACAUAUGAAGAAAGCGACUAAACAUUACGAUGGUUUGGCAUCACGAGCCGCGACCAACGGCCACAUAAUAGACAUCUAUUCGUGCGCCCUCGAUCAAACGGGUCUGUUAGAGAUGAGACAGUGCUGCAACUCAACCGGUGGACAUAUGGUCAUGGGAGACUCAUUUAAUUCCUCGUUGUUCAAACAAACGUUCCAACGCGUAUUCGCUAAGGACCACAAGGGUGACUUGAAAAUGGCGUUUAACGCGACGUUAGAGGUGAAAACGUCGCGCGAAAUCAAAGUUUCCGGGGCGAUCGGGCCGUGCGUGUCCCUCGGAGCGAAAGGGGCAAGCGUCGGAGAACAGGAAGUAGGAUUGGGUGGCACUUGCCAAUGGAAAUUUUGUUCUCUCAAUCCAUCUACCACUGUGGCACUGUUCUUCGAAGUCGUGAAUCAACAUACCGCGCCGAUUCCUCAGGGCGGAAGGGGCUGCGUUCAGUUCAUCACGCAGUAUCAACAUAGCAGUGGUCAGCGAAGAAUCAGAGUGACUACGAUCGCCAGGAAUUGGGCAGACGCGUCGACGUCUUUACAUCACAUCAGCGCCGGUUUCGACCAAGAGGCGGCCGCUGUUUUAAUGUCACGGUUGGCGGUCUUCAGGGCAGAGAGCGACGAUGGGCCGGACGUUCUUAGAUGGGUCGAUCGCAUGCUCAUCAGAUUGUGUCAGAAAUUCGGAGAAUACGCGAAGGACGAUCCAAACAGUUUUCGGCUGGCGGAAAACUUUUCUUUAUAUCCCCAAUUCAUGUACCAUUUACGUAGGUCGCAAUUCUUGCAAGUCUUCAAUAAUUCUCCCGAUGAGACCAGUUUCUACAGACAUAUGCUCAUGCGAGAAGAUUUAACGAACUCGCUGAUAAUGGUGCAACCGAUCUUAUACAGUUAUGGAUUCAGCGGUCCACCGGAACCAGUAUUGUUAGAUACUUCAUCCAUUCAACCGGACAGAAUUUUAUUGAUGGAUACUUUCUUCCAAAUCCUCAUAUUCCACGGAGAGACCAUCGCACAGUGGCGUCAGUUGAAAUAUCAAGACCUGCCCGAGUACGAGAAUUUCCGACAAUUAUUAGCAGCACCGGUGGACGAUGCCGCGGAAAUAUUAGCCGAAAGAUUUCCUGCACCGAGAUACAUCGAUACCGAACAAGGUGGUUCGCAAGCAAGAUUUUUAUUGAGCAAAGUGAACCCGAGCCAGACUCACAACAACAUGUACGCGUACGGAGCGGGGAUGCCGAUACCCAGCGGGGAAAGUGGAGCACCUGUCUUAACCGACGACGUCAGCUUACAAGUAUUCAUGGAGCAUUUAAAGAAAUUGGCUGUCUCAUCCACGGCCUAAAUAGACGUAGAAAAUGAAACGAGAACGUUUUCUCACCGUUUUGCAUGUCUAUGCAAGAUUAUUGUGGAAUGGAACAUCGACGCUCGAGUUUACUAAGGGGGGUAUAGAUGAACGCAGUAAGAAUUUCUAUUGUAAUGAGAAGCGUACUAUUAAUUAAAUGUAACUCUUCGAUAUAUUUUUCAAAGUAUAAUUACUGUACAAACGAAAUAUAUAGCACUAACGUAA